CCAGCAAAAUGACUGCCAGGGAAAGGGAAAACCAACUGUCCAAGAUAAAGCAGUUCUUCCGGAUGUACAAGCCCGGUAGCGUGUCCAGCUCUCGGCAUGAUUUACCGAUCUCGCCGGAACUGGAGCGCGAGCUGCGUCCCGAAACACCCGUCACGCAGCGAUGCAAAGCAUUGCGAGACUUUGGCGAACAGGUGAUGACGUCCCGGCUCGAACCGGACGCGGUACAAUCGCUGUGGGAGCUAACGAAAGAUCUGCUCGUCGGGAACAAGCUGAUGGAACAGAGGCAAUGUGCUCUGGCAUUCUACUGCCGACUCAUCCAAGGGCAGUACGAUAGCCUCGGAAUGAUGCGAGCGCAGUUCUAUCGUGUGAUCGAAAGCCACAGCGAACCGGAAGAUAUUUCCUAUCGGUUGGAGAUGUUGAAGCUGCUGACCGAGACGGGCAAAAACAUUCAACAUUUUGAAAAGGAAAUUGGCCCCUUUCUGCUCGAUUGGAUCAAAUCGAUCCACGAGGCCGGACUGAUCGAUUCGCUGCUGGAGUUGAUCGUGAACCUGAUCAAGUACAAUGCCGCCAGCCUAGAGCCGAAGUUUCUCGUCGGUGUUGUGUCGUACAUCUUCGAUAUGACGUGCAACAGACAGGAAACGAGCACGAUACUGCUGUGUCUGUCGGUGUUGGACUGUUUCAUCUGUUACGCGAUCAUACCGAACGAGUCGCUCACGCUGUUCAUCAUCAUCCUGUGCCGGAUGGUUAACCAGGAAGCGUACUGUCAGCACUCCUGGAAGAUUAUGAAGAAUCUCUUCGGGACGACGCUCGGACAUGCGACGCUACUUACGAUGUGCAACAUACUGAAUAAUCCGGCCUUCCAUCAGGACGAUGCGUUGCUGCGUGGGGCCAUCUUUCAUACGAACGUUGGUCUGUGGGGUAUAAGCGUGGUGCCGAAAUUGGACUGUGCGCCUUCGCUCGUGUUGACCAGCUUUUGGAAUGCCCUCAAAAGCAGACACGUCAUCGUAACGUACGAAGUGAUACUGAGCAUGAACCGUUUGAUACAAAAAUCUGGCAACGAGCUAAACGAACCCACCUGGGACAUUAUAUGCGACAUCAUGACGGAGAUUUCGCACAACCUCGCCAUACAUCGCUUACCGCCGGAACACACCGUUGUGACGCACUUUCACGAAACGCUCAACAUGGUCGAAACGCUUCUACAGCAAGGCACCAUGAACACCGAUCCGGAAAAGGUGUACGCACUGAUCGAGCACGUGUCCGCCGAACGGCCGGAAGCAUCCGUGAAGCAACUGAUCGACUAUAGGGCAAGCAGAAUAUCGGCUACACGGUCAGAAUGGUUGAAGCAACUGUGCCAGUUUAUGGAUCGGUUCUAUCGCAUGAAGAAUAGCAAUGUGCGUAUUUACGCCGUACAAGCACUCGAACGCAUAAUGGCCGCCAACCGGGCUGCGUAUGAGGAUGAAAUUUUGGAGCGCAUAGUCAUCGUACAUCUGGGCACGGUUCCGCUGGAAAAGGAUGCGGAGGUGCGGAAGGCGGUUGCGAGAACUCUGAUCGAGUUUACGAUCCAUUGUGAAACGAAGCGUUGCAUUGAGCUGUUGGAAAUAGUGGAGAAACUGUUGCAUCGUCCGUACGACGAAAAUCAGGUCGUUCGUUCGGAGCAGGAAGCGGAAGACAUAAUUCUGCUGGUGGAUGGAUUGAUUCGGCUGUUUAUUGUGAAGCUGUACCGGUUGCCUUCGUUGCACGCGAUCCGUGUGUACAGUAUGCUGAUUGGAUUGCUCGAGCUGCACUAUCAGCGACCGCACGUACUCGCGAACGUAACAAGCGUACGGUAUCGAAUUUUCGCCUGGAUGAUGAAAGCACGUGCUAAUGGGUCGUUUCACAUAGGCUAUCCCGAUCCGGAGGAUGGGCAUCGGGUACGCUUUUCGCACUAUCUCGGCAUUGAGGGACCGUUCCAGCAUCAGAGUCUACAGCCGCAACCGUAUCUGUCGAGUCAAUCCACCAGCCAGCUUAAUCUGACCGGCACUGGUGGGGCAGGAUCGGAGGCAGGCUCGAAAGCGAUGGACCGAAUUCCGGCAACGAAUCUUACUACGAUCUCGAUCAAGCGCGGCUGUCAGGUGAUCGUACUGUGCCUGAAGGAGGAAAAAGACUGGGAAGUGAUACAGCUGGUGCUGACCGAGCUGCCCAGUGUGAUGCAAAAUAAGGCCCUGAUACAGGGCAAUGAUGUGGAUUCGCUUGCCCGCACACUUUACCGGAUGUAUACGGACAAGAUGCAGCUGGAGAAGUUACAGCUACCUGCGAACAUGGUACCGAAGAUGUCGGACUACAUGGAGCUGAUACUACCGGCCCUUUCCAGUCUAGCGAUGUACCAUCAGCAUCUGGAUACGAACACGCAGAAAAACAUAAUUGACGCCUUAAAGCAAGGAUUGAUAUCGCGUCGCCCACAUGAAUGUAUCCGCAUGCUAACGAUCCUGCUGCUCGAAAUGCCUGAACAGUUGAUGCCGAAGAUGGCCGACUUGCUGCUCGAGUUGAGCAAAAUGACUGGCACAAAGAUGGUGGCGCUGCCGGUGCUCGAGUUCCUGUCGACGCUGAUCCUGGUGCCGAGCUUCCGGUUUGGUAACUUUACCAUGCGAACGUACAUGUGUGUGAUGGCGAUGUCGUUGCCGUUUACGAAUCCGUUCCGGUACGAUCAUUAUACCGUUUCGUUGGCACAUUACGUCGUGGCGGCAUGGUUCAUCAAGUGCAAGUUGCCGAUGCGCCAUCAGCUAGUGAAGUUUAUCGUGCAGGGACUCGAAUCGUACGUCCACGUUCCGUUCCAGGAUGGAUCGCGUGCUUUUUCGCAGGUUAACGAGGAUUCGUCCGAGCGGAAGCGUAGCUCAAGCUUAACGGAGCAAAGUUCGAGGCGUCGCGAUCGCAUCCAGCAGCAAGCCCAGCAACAAAAGCAAUCCCAGCAACAGCAACAGCAGCAACAGUCAUCAUCGAGCUCCGGGCAAAGAUCAUCUGGUACUAGUGUAGCAUCUUCAACCGCAUCUGGAUCAACCGCUUCCAUCGCGCAGUCCUCAGCCCAACUACCUUCCCAGAAGGUUUACUCGAUUUCUCCCCUAAAUGACGAUAUGUAUCGCUUUCACUGCGAGCUAGCGGACACGUGCGUCGAUUUUAUGGUACGUCACACAUUUUCCCCCUGCUCCGGCAUCUCGAAACGCUUGCCGUCUGCGGAGUUUUUACUAUCCGGUGGUCAAUCGAUGACUUGGCUCGUUGGGCACGAUCUUAUUACCAUCACGACGAGCGGUUGUUCGGGUGUUACCUUCCGGAAUGGGCUGUGUGAUCGGUGCCAUCAGUAUUGCCAGCAGUCGGCGGCAAAUGGUAGCGGUGGAGUCGGUGUUGGUAGCAUGGAUGCUGGAAGUGCGAAACUGAUUCCAUAUCAGCAGCAGCAGCAAUAUCAUCACCAACCGCACAACACCCAUGCACUUCUGUCGAAGUCGAAUAGUAGCGCAAGUACAGCAACCACUACAACAACCAUCGGUGGCGGUGGACAACCACUCUCGCCCGAACCACCGUACAGCAGCGCAUCGUCCGGGAAAGAUUCCGGCCUGUCCGGUAUUGGGCUGGGAGCGGCUGACAGUGGCACCGGCAAAACGUUGUACUCGGCGGACAAUGGUGCUCCGAUGACACCGGCCUCGGCUACGACGUCGAAUAAAAGGUAUACCAAAGCCAGUUUGCAACACAGUAGUGCAAACGAAUCCGACAGCACCGAUCUGACGACUUCGAGCUCGACCUCAUCCUCGACUGCGGCAACACCAUUUCCAACGGCAACACCACACUCUGCCCACGGUCCGGUAUCUGGUGGAUUGUCCGCUACCGGCACUGCAGCCACCGGCAAUCGAUUCUUCCGCCAGGGUUCACAAGAAGGCUACUCGUCCGGUUCAUUGGAAGCGCUAUCGCGUCGCGGAAGUAAUCCGGAUUCGGUCGAUCCUACGAUGGGACCCCCUGGAAUGGGUUCGGCUGGUGGGGAUCUACAGCUGCAACGCACUAGCUCCCUCGUUGCACCGAGAGCACCACCGGGAUUGAUGGCCACGAUUGGAAAUCGGCUUAUUUUACCACAACAGCUGAGUAGCUCACUGACUGGUGGUUCAUCUUCUUCGUCGGGUAUUGGAUUUGAUAGACCUCUUCAACCGUGUGCCUGUGUGUGUACGGGAUGGGCAGAGGUGUGUGUCCGACGUCCGACCGGAUUUACUUCCUGGAUCACACGCAUCCAAAGUCAAGUGUCGCACGAUAUACUCGGCGGUGAUGUUGCGCUGCAGGAUCUUACCUCACUGUUUUCGCCCAGUGUUGGUGGCGGUGUGAUUGGGUCGGAUUAUCUUGCGCUCGUCAGUGGUGGACAGCAGCCAUCCUAUAGCAUCGAUGGGAUGACACCGUUUGGAAGUAGUGCUGAUAUCCCAUCGGCUGCAAUGGCCGAUCGAUUAGCGUCUGAGGGAGAUCUGCAACCAACCAAUCUCGGUAGUGCGGAACAGGUUAAUUCGGCACUCGAAAAGCCCUUAACGCAACAGCCGCCAGCAGGCGUAGUGACGCGCGCUAAAGUGUCCAUCUCGGAUGAAGUGUUUGAAAUGGCGAAGAAGGGGAGCGACACGAAGAAGAAACCAUCGGUAGAGGAAGAGCACGAGCAGAGUGAGGAUGAGGAGCUUAAAAAUGUCUUGGGUGUGGAGGGCGUAGCUGCAUCUCUCAGUGGUGGUGGAUCGGGUCCGAUCAACAUUCCCGGCAAGCAGUCGAGCGCUGCACUCGCGUCCGACGAUGAGGACGAUGACGAUGACGACGAGGAUGAUGAUGAGGACGAUGAUAGUGGCGACGAGAAUGGGCGUCGGACUCGGUACGAUGGAAAUGAGGGAGUCAUGUUUGAUGAUACGGAGGGACGUACGCGGAAGCCAGUUAGAAGGGUAAAUUCUAGCCCCGAGAUGCGCACCAAAUGGAAUAGUCAGUUUUUGAGCAAAGCUAAAGAGAACGUUGGACAGGAUGGAGGUUCGGGAGCGAUGAUAGCGACUGUUGUUCCGGGUGAAUCCGGGACAGCGGUAGUUACAACGGCCGGUAUGGUCCAGAACACCGAGGGUGCGGUUGUUGAGAAGAAAAAAUCCACCUACGGGAAGGGUGUAAGUUGCGAGGCCAUUCCGGAGGAGAUUGCCGGUUCUACGCCUCCCCCACCAACGGCACUAAGGAUGCAAAGCAACUUGCCCGAACCGCAGUCAGCAGUAGUACCACCGACAGUGCGCGGUACGGUCACGGCCAAGCAUCAGGGUGAGUUUGGUGCGACGAAAGCAACUCCGAUCACCACAUCGCUUCCGGAGUCGAACACACUCGAGCCGAUGCCUGCACCACGCAAACAACAUUCAGCGGACGAUGCAACCUUAGCCACGCGUUCCCUCACCGACGGAGGCACAGUAUCGAGCGAGGCAAUUAGCAACAGCAGCUUUCAACCCGGUACGAUCGUGCCCAACGCCGGUACGCAGAUGAUUGCCCCGAUUGCGAUGCAUCCGAUCACGCAAACUUCGUCCUCAUCAGCUCUCAGCCUAAAACUCCCGAUGGAGAAGGUAACGAGCAAACCGCCCCAAUCUCCGGUACCGCUCUCGCCACGGCUAAUUGCCCGGAACACGACCAACCUUAAGCAGUCCAGUUCCGGCACGGCUUCACCUUCCUUCCCCGCGAUGGGUGGUGGUAUGGGUGGGUCAGGCAUCGGAGGUGGCCUGCUCGGAAUGGGCAGCAGCAACGAUAACGAUCUGCCCCGUGGACGCUCCAAAACCAUCUCCACCGUACGGGAACACUAUUCGCGCGAUAGCUCCAAAUGGAGUGCGGCCAAUGUGUCGCGGAUGCGCAACGAACACAUCAACCGUACCGUGGUGAGCCCGAGCUUUGUCUUCCUGCAGCUGUACCACCACGGCCAGUUCGGUAACGAAUGUCCACUGCUGAUGGAUAAAGAUCCGGAGAAAGCGAUCGCACUGCUCGAUCUGAUUCCACCGUUCGAGAUGCACAAGAUCGGUGUACUGUACGUGGGGCCCGGCCAGGCAGGCAACGAGACGGAGAUCCUGAAGAAUCGGUACGGUAGCUUGCGGUAUGCGGAGUUUCUGAGCAGCCUCGGCACGUUGGUCGCGAUCAAGGAUGCCAAAGAGAAGAACAUCUUCAUCGAUCUCGAAAGCAACGGAAAGGACGGUGCGUUCACGUACAUCUACCAGGAUGAUAUCGUGCAGCUUACGUUCCACGUUGCGACCCUGAUGCCGAACAAGCGGCAGGAUCCGCACUGUAACGAGAAGAAGAAGCACAUCGGUAACGAUUUCGUCACGAUCGUGUACAACGAGAGUGGCGAGGAAUACGAUCUGAAAACGAUUCGAGGUCAAUAUAAUUACGCCUGCGUAAUUGUGGAGCCAAUCGAGCUGAACAGCAAUCGCGUUUUUAUCCGCUCGAAGGACGACAUCGCGCAGCACGUGACGCGAGAUACGAAGAUCGUGUCCGAUCAUACCGCACCGUUACUUGCCCGCCAGAUGGCGCUGCAUGCGAAUCUAGCCUCACUGGUUGCCCAAUCGCUGAAGACGAAAAACUCUAGCCCGUACGCGUCCAAUUGGCUCGAACGGUUGCGCAAGAUCAAGAACAUACGCUCCCGGUACGGGCAGCAGCAGGACGAUCAACAGCAGCGCCAGCAACAGCAGCAGCAGCAACUGCAGCAGGGUGGAUCGGCCAACGAUCUCAGCUCGGCCGCCAGCAGUGCUAGCAACAGCGGUGGCAUCAGCUAUCGUGUGGACGAUUUUUCCAAGUACACUGUCUGA